AUGAAGAUUAUUAGUAAAACUGCUUCUCUAAUGGGUUAUGUUUUACGUGCUGCUUGUAUAACUCAUUGUACCCUCGAAUACGGUGGUGACCUAGUCAUGUGUUCUGGACCAUCCAUGGAGCCAACAUUAGAAACAAACAAUAUAUUAUUUACUGAACAUAUAACUCCAAGAUUACAAAGAUUAAGAAAAGGCGACAUCAUAAUAGCUAAGUGUCCUACAGAUCCAAAACAGAAUAUUUGUAAAAGAAUAACUGGUUUGCCUGGUGAUAAAGUAAGAGGACAUUUUCCUAGAGGAAGUCAAAUAGUUCCUAGAGGGCAUGUGUGGUUGGAGGGUGAUAACUCCAGCAAUUCUAAAGACUCUAGAAUAUAUGGUCCAGUGCCACAAGGUCUGAUCCGUGGUAGAGUAGUGUGCAGAGUGUGGCCUCUAAAUAAAAUAAGUUCCUUGACUGAAUAU